CAACCUGUCUCCCCACCAGCAGCCAACCACUACACAUAAGAUGACGGAAGCGACAACAGAUGAUGCGGCCGCACAGCGCGCGGCGGAACAAGCUCGAAUCCGUAAGGCUAAGCGGGAGGCCAAGAUUCGUGCCGGCGGUGCGUCGAGAUUGAACAAGAUCACCGGUUUAGGUGGAGGAUUGCAGCGAGAUGAUGCCGCUCCCACUCCCCCAUCGACCACAUCAUCCCCGGCCCCCUCAGCGACAUCGGGCCUCCCUAAGCCCAACGCGAGCUCCGAACAUGCAGAUCCUGAGGAGAUCGACAUCUCCCAGCACUACUACGAGCCAGCCUCAACUCCCCGUUCCUCUGCCACAGGUCCCCCCUUCGACCCUAACGCCAUGACCGAGGACCAGCUGCGCCAGAUGAUGCUCGGCUUCGACAGACCUGGUCCCGGCGGCGCAGGCGGAGCCCCGCCCAUGAACCCUUUUGCAGGUUCCGGCGGCAUGGCGACAGGCGGCAUGCCCGGCGGCGAGGAUGACCCUCUGAUGAAGAUGCUCUCACAGAUAAUGGCUGGCGGAGGAGGCCCCGGCGGCAUGCCCGGGUUCCCCGAAGCCGGCGGCGCGCAGGGUGGCUUCCCUGCCGGAUUCCCUGGAAUGCCUGGCAUGCCCGGCAUGCAAACGCCCGAGCAGGCCAAGGCCUCAUCGUCUGCAUACCUCUGGCGCAUCGUCCACGCCGUCUUCGCCAUUUCUCUGGGCUUGUACAUAGCCCUGACGACGACCUUUUCCGGCACCAAGCUUGAGCGAGAGCGCACGGCGCUGGCAUACAACUACCCCGUCGGUAGCGACGAGGCGGUCACGGACGUCAGCGGCAUGGAGAUGGGCCGCGAAGUCUUCUUCUGGAUCUUCGCAACGACCGAGGCCAUCCUGCUCACAACGCGGUUCUUCAUCGAGCGUGGCCGCGCGCCGGCCGGAGGCAUGCUAUGGACUGUUGUUGGGUUCUUGCCCGGUAACAUCAAGACCUAUGCGGCGACGCUACUCCGGUACGGACAGAUUUUUGCCACGGUCAGGAGUGAUAUCCUUGUCUGUGUUUUCGUCUUGGGUGUCGCUUCGUGGAUACGUGGUUGACAGGAAUAGCUUUGAAGUGGGUGAUGUUUGCUGUCAAAGGCAUAAUGCGAAGACGGUACUCGGCCGUAUCUUGGUCUGGCUGGUCAACUACAGCAACGAUGGCCGAAUACAAUAACAGGCAUUUACAUACGUUCACUAUUGCUACAACCGGUAAUCAAUGAGCAGCCACAGCAGCCUAUAUUUGCAGCGGCAGCAAGUCGACAGUCAAUUGAGUAUAAAUUACAAUGACCCCUGAUGGACUACUUUUUUUUGGAAGAAGCCAAUUGGCGCGUGAGGGCUAGCAUCCGGGGUCGGUAUCUAGCUAGCUGCCUAUUAAUUUUACCAAGAGGAAACAGAGUUCUGAGUAUCGCCAGGUUAGCACAACUCACCGGUGGAACGUAGUUCAUUGCUGAUCAAGAUCAAG